ACAGGUGAUAGAGCCAUUAUAAAACAAUUAUGCCAAGUCCAGUGGUCGGUAUAAAAGGGAAAGGAAGAGAACCGUCAUUCUGUUUCCCGCCGUCGGGAAGAAGCAAAGCCGCUGACAAGUCUCCUCUGACGUUCCUAAGAGGCCCCAAAAGCUGAAGGAAGAAGAAGCAAAGCCGCCAAACCAGUCUCUGACGUCAAGAGGGUCCGAAAGCUAAAGGGUCUGACUUUGGGACCAUGGGAAUGGAGUUGCAAAAUCACAAAAUAGAAUCUCUUGAGAUGGGGAUUAUUAGUGAUUCUGAACUAGUCUACCAUGUAAAGGAAACUCUUAAAGCUGUACCCUCGCCAAGUUUGAGGGCACUAUCUUCCGCAGCUUCUUAUUUAGACAUUGUUCACCAUGAGGCUCUUCUCACUUCUAUUUUUCAUACGAACAUGUGGGUCUAUCAACCUUACGAGAUGGAUGCUUUGAUAUCUCUGAUUAUAUCCUUGGCUGCUUCAAAUGGAAAAUUUGUUGAUUCAUGUUUAACCAUGCUUGUCGCUAAUUUCAUGCCCCCCAUGUACAAAAAUGAUAAAUCAUAUAGUAUGGGAAAAAAGAACCAAGUCAUUCCUCGGGUGCAUGCAGCCUUGAAAAAAAUAACUGAUUUGGUACCCCUUGCCCCAUUGAGAUUAUCGCCAAUCAUUUUACAGGGAAUGCCAACAGUCCAUAGUAAGCAUGAUUCUUUGAAGAUGAUUGUAAUAUAUGUGGAGAACAUGCUAGAGUUGGAAAAGGGUAAACUAGGGGAACUUGUUAGAUGCCCAAUGCUAAUGGCUCUGGUGGAUAGGCUGAUAGAUUUGGAUGUGGAGAUUGGAUGGGAUGACAAUUCACAUGAUGACUCUGGUAAAGGCAUUUUUGAAAUAGACCUGGAAGAUGUGGAAGAGGCUGAUCAUGCUGAACAAGACAGAGAUGAGCUUACAAAAGGAAUUUUGACUUGGAAGAGUGCAAAAGAACAAAUAGCUGCUGAAUUAUUAGAUAGCUUGAUGGUGCUAACUUUUGAGCAUUUCAAAUCAUGUGAAAGUGACGGUCGUUUGAUUGAGGUAUUUGAUAUUCUUCUGCAGUCAUUUCAGAUAACAGUUCUGAAUGCACACAAGUCAAAAUUUGCUCUGUUUGUGAUGUUUUAUGCAUGUGCACUAGAUCCUGAAAAUUGUGGUGUGAGAUUUAGCACUAUAUUGGCAGAUAUAUUUGUUAGUGGUGUCCACUCUCAACUCACCAGGAUGAGUGCGGUGUCUUAUCUUGCUAGUUUCUUGUCUCGCACAAAGUUUUUGUCAGCGUCUCUUGUCAUUAGUGUGUUAAAAAGGUUGGUGGAUUGGUGUUUGGAAUAUUGGAAUAUCCAUGGUGGUGACCCAAAUCACAGAGUAUUUUAUUCAGGAUGCCAGGCUAUUAUGUAUGUGCUCUGCUUUCGAAUGAGAACAAUAAUGGAUAUUCCUCGGCUUAAAUCUCAGCUUCUUCUCAUGCCCCUAGAGACAAUUAUGAAGCAUGAAUUGAACCCAUUUAAGGUAUGCCUACCAUCGGUAGUGUCUGAGUUUCUCAAGCAAUCUAAAGCUGCUCAUCUGUUCACUGUCUCUAAAACCUUCAGCUUUAAUGAUCUUCUGGAGUCAGAACUUUCCCGGGCAUUUGGUGGCCCAGAAAGGCUGGACACUUUCUUCCCAUUUGAUCCAUGUUUGCUGAAGAAAUGUUACAGUUAUAUCCGUCCGAACUUUGUGUACUGGUCAAUGGUUAGAACUACAUAUCAUGACAAUGACGAAGUGGAUAGCGGUGAUGAAGAUUUUGUGGAUGCAAACGGUGAUGAUGUUAUGGACGAUGGAAUGGGAAGGGGCAAUGAGGAUGAGGAGGAUCCUGACGAAGACGGUGAAUUUGACUAUAAUGCAUUAAGCAAAAUGUCCAUAACACCCAAGAAUUGUGUUGGUUUGGUGGUGAAAUAGAGGCUUCAAUGCUCCUGGUACUAACGAGAGGAGUAACCUAUUAUUUUUUUUAUGCUCCAGUGCACUGUGGGGUAUGGUAUAGCAUUUGAAAUGAGAGGGGGCAUUUGCCCCCCAUGGUUUUGAUCGUCUUAUAAUAUCCUUAGUUAAAUAUUCAAGUUUGUUGUAAAUAAUUAAAAAGUUGAUAAUUUGUUCACUACUAGGUAGGGAAGGUGCAUCAAUUAGUUCAAGCCCAGAAUUCUAUAUUAUCAAUGAAUGAAAAUGUUAUAUAGUA